UAAAACCGCCUCUAAACAAAAAAAGAAAAAUAGAAAGCCGCCGGCGCACAUUGGUGACGUCACCGGAUCCGCUUGACGUCAGCAAACAUGGAGGAGUAUGCCCGUGAGCCUUGCCCCUGGAGGAUAGUGGAUGACUGUGGAGGAGCUUUCACCAUGGGUGCAAUUGGAGGAGGUGUGUUCCAGGCAGUGAAGGGCUUUCGAAAUGCCCCGGCUGGUGUUGGACACAGACUGAGAGGAAGUGCAAAUGCAGUAAGAGUAAGAGCUCCUCAGAUUGGAGGUAGCUUUGCUGUCUGGGGAGGCCUCUUCUCCACAAUCGACUGUGGUUUAGUUCGUCUGAGAGGAAAAGAGGAUCCGUGGAACUCCAUAACAAGUGGUGCCUUGACUGGGGCCAUCCUAGCAGCACGCAGUGGUCCGUUAACCAUGAUGGGCUCUGCAAUGAUGGGGGGAAUCCUGCUCGCUCUCAUUGAGGGUUUUGGUAUUCUCCUGACUAGAUUCACAGCACAACAGUUUCAGAACCCUAUUCCCUUUGUAGAUGACCCCAGUCAGCUCCCUCCAAAGAACGGAGACCAGCAGCAGCAGGGUCCAAAGGGGCUGUUUCACUAGAUAACCUCUGGAAACUGUAGACACAGUGAGUCUGGCUGGAGCGUAAUGGGAAUAACACCACAGUUAACAGAAGAUUGUGGUCCCUACAGCAUUGACAAGUAGUUGCACUUUGUUAUUGUACCUCAGGGGUAAAAUAUUGUAAUUUAGUGUUUGUACGUGAAUUCUGACAUGUGAGCAAGAGUCCUAACUUUAUGUAGUCUUCAUCAGAAUGUUGUAUCAUUUUGUUUUCAUGGUUUUGUGUCAUUGCUGUGGUCUCUUUUCUUUAUGGAUUUAUUUAUUCUAUAACUAUAUGCUAGAAAUAUUUUUUAAGGAAGGGUAUUUAUUUGCUUUGUUGGAUAGAAUAAGGUAAGGAGCAUCUGUGGGAUGCAUACGUAUGGCUGCUUGCACAUGUAAAUCCUAAGGAACGUACAGAUAACUUGAUCCAGAUUUUGUCAACAUUAACUUUGCUGCUGUUCACUUUUGCACAGCAGGAGAUUUUCUACUGGAGUUGUUCUCACAUGGUUUAUGCAAUGAAAGAAGGCGUGCAGGUGAGCUCCUACCUCCCAGUAGGACAUAAAAGCCAUUACACCAGUGAAAUCAAAGCUUUCUUGAAUUUGUCUUUGUAAUGAGUAUUUUCCAGCUGAUAUUAAUACUUUGUGGUUUUUUAUUACAUGCACAGAGCAGAUAAGUAAAAAUCAACUUUCACUUCAUCUGGAAAAAUAAUGUAGCACUGAUUUUAAGUAGGAUGCACAACUAUUGGGCAAACAAAUACUUUGGAAGAUACACAUUUACUUUCACAGCUUGUCUUCCUGGCAUUUUACUGGGACGCUUGUACAAUAAUAUUCACACAAACACUACAGCCAAUUGCUUUUGAAAAUGCAAUCCCAACAGAACAAUCUGUUGAACAUUUUAUUUCUGCAGCUCAUGUCUUCAAAGGAUGUGCAGAAACUGUUGCUGAAACUAGCAGUCGGUGAGCUCGUCACAGAAUCUGGAAUCACGGGGAAGCUGAUCUAUUAACAUUUACAUUCAUAAACGUGUAGAGAAAGAGUAUUCUGCCUUUGUAUGGAAUAUAGAGCCUUGCAAAAGUAUUAAUGCCCCAUCAAGUUGUUCCAUGUUUUCUCAUGUUGCAGACUUAAAUGCACAUGUAGAAACUGAAAAAUUAUCCAUUCUUUUUGCAGAGCAGGUCAAACUUGGUCAGGCUGAAAAGAGUGUCUGUAAACAUCCAUUUUCACUUCUUGCCACAGACUCUGUUUUUGGAUUUCAGUCCGAAUUGACAGGGAGAUUCUGACACAUGACUAUGUUUUGAUCCGAACCGUCUUAAUGUACCCCUGGCUUUCUUUUCAGCGUGAUAAUCUUGUUGAAAGACGAAUCUCCGCCUGUCUCUCAAGUGUUUUGCAGACUCUUACCGGUCAUUCAGAAUUUUGCUCCAUCCAUCUUUUCAUAAUUUCUGUCCCGCUUCACUGCUGAAGAAAAGCAUCUCCAUGCUGCCACUGCCAUGUUUCACCACUGAUAUUGUGUGUUCCUGGUGACAUGGAGUGUUAUAUUUUUCUCCACAUAUAGGGUAUUACAAAUAAAAUGUUUGGUAUUAUCUGGUUACACGUUUGCUGUGUCCCUUUCAUAGCUUGUGGCAAACUGUAAUCAUGGAUAAACAUUGCUGUCUUUCAACAAUGGUGUUUCUUCUUGUUCUCAAAAAAUACCAGAAUUGUGAAGUUCACAACUAAAGGUUCUCCUGUCAACAGAUUCUUCCACCUGAACUGUGGAUCUCUGCAGCUCAUCCAGGGUUUCCAUAGGUUCCUUGGCUGCCAGUCUGUUUAAUGCCUUUCUACCCCAGCCUGUGAGUCUAGGUGGACGACCAUGUCUUGGUGGGUUUUAAGUUGUGCCAUCCUCUUUCCUUUUUCAAAAGAUGGAUUGGACAGAGCUCUGUCAGAUGAUUAAAGCUUGGGAUAUGGCUUUAUAACCUAAUUCUGCUUUAAACUCCCUGACAUACCUGAUCUGUCUGCUGUGUUCUUUGGUCUUUAUAAGGUCAUUUGUUCACUAAUAAUUUCUAACAGAACGACAACAGAACAGCUGGAUUAUUACUGAGAUUACAAGCAACUGAACAGUAUUUACUAAUUAGGUGACUCCCAAAGGCAAUUAAUUGAGCUGGAUUGUAAUUAAGGGUAUUAGAAUGCAAAUUCAUGCCACAUUUUUAAGGUUUUUUACUUUUGAAGUCCUUUUUCUUCUACUUAACAAUUAUGGACUGCUUUGUGUUGGACUGUCACAUCUAUAUAAAACUAUAAAAUACAUUCAGGUUUAUGGUUGUAGCAUAAAAAUGUAAAUAAAGCUGAAGGGGUAUGAAUAGUUUUACAAAGAACUUAAUAUGAAGGAUUUGAAACGAAGUAAGUAAGUGUCUCUUUGAACUGAUUUACACUCUAAGAACCAAAGAUUUAUUAGUAAAGAGCAAAGAUUGAUUCAGUGUUUUACUUGCCUAGUUGGUGACAUUACAUCCUGUUUGCUCUGACUGAAUUUUAUUUUCUGUAUUUAAAUGUCAGCUGUGACAAUCAGUGCUGAUGAGCAUCGGUUUUUGAAUUAUGCAUGUGUCUAUGAUGGCUCACCAAGCAUCAUUCCAUUACUAGCUUCAUUUUUCUCUCCGUCAGUAAUUUUUCAGUCUUAAAUGAGCAAAGAUAACAUCAUGUCUGCAUUAUGGAACAAUCGAUAUGGAUGUUCCUUAAAGCAGGUUUGUUAAUCUUUCAUUGUAACCGCUGCAAUAACCGUCAACUAACGCAGCGAUUUUUAUCUAACUGAAAAACUCUUCCCGUGGUCGCCCAACACAAUGUAAUGCUUUAUGUGUCAACUCUGUAUAGAAAGAUGGUUUAUUUUAUCAAACUAUAUUUAUUGUGUAAAAAUUCAUUAAAGCAAUAAAGAUUUGAGAUGUUAUUUAAGAA